CAGCACCACAAGACCGGACCGCCGUUCAACCACGGGAGAUUUUACAUGCUGAUAGUGAUCGGGGAAAUCUCAACGGACCAUCAACUUCAGUCUGCCAAAAAACACAUUAAACAGGGGCUGCUGUCAUGGGACAUUGAUUUGAACCUCUGCAACCUGAACAGAGAGCUACAGCUGUUCGAGACACGUCACUCUGCACAGUUCUCCUCAGAGGUCAAAGGACAGAGAACUCUUCAGUACAAGAGUAAUGUCCUUGAGACUGUUGUGUUGGUUAACCCGUCAGAAGAGACAACUGCAUCAGAGAUCCGUUCUCUAGUCACUGACUCUGCAGGGCACAAGCUACUAGUCCUAAGUGGCCAGAGCUCGGCGCAGAGAGGGGAUAUCAAAUUGCAGGGUGGAGUUUUCACCUGGAGACACUUCUCUGACAUUAUAUAUGAUCCUGGAGUGACCGAGGUCCUGUCCAGCUCCGCAUCAGACCACCGGCCCAAACUAACAGUAUCGUGCCAGGGAGACGUGGGCUGGAGCUCCCUGGGACACAGUCAGGCUCAGCAGCACCUCCAGAACAUUCUGGAAUACCGUCUGAACCCAGAGCUUACUCUUCCCGAAAUGGAGGGAGUUUCAGAGUUCACUGAGUACGUCUCAGAAACUGUAGAUGUCCCAUCGCCCUUUGACCUCCUAGAGCCCCCUACCUCAGGUGGUUUCCUGAAGCUGUCCAAGCCCUGCUGCUAUAUCUUCCCUGGAGGGAGGGGCGACUCUGCCCUGUUUGCCGUAAAUGGAUUCAACAUUUUGGUGGAUGGAGGUUCUGAACGCAGGUCCUGUUUCUGGAAGCUGGUCAGACACUUGGACAGGAUAGACUCAGUCCUGCUGACCCACAUUGGGGCUGACAACCUCCCAGGCAUCAAUGGGUUGCUCCAGAGGAAGAUUGCCGAGCAAGACGAGGAGCAGUCCCAAGGAUCGGGUGGUUCCAACACUUAUGGUGAUUGGAUGAAAAAUCUGAUCUCACCCGAGCUUGGCGUGGUAUUCUUUAAUGUCCCUGAGAAACUGAGAAUGCCUGAGUCUACGCUUAAAGUCAAGCGGAGCAUCGAAGAAGCAUCCCUUACACUGCAGUACCUGAACAAGCUUGGCAUCAAGUCAGAACCCCUUUACAGGGUUGUUAGCAACACCAUUGAGCCCAUUACACUUUUCCACAAGCUGGGCGUUGGCAAACUUGACAUGUACAUCCUAAAUCCUUUGAAGGACAGCAAGGAGAUGCAAUUCCUUAUGCAGAAGUGGGCUGGGAACAGUAAGGCCAAGACAGGUAUUGUGAUGUCCAAUGGCAAAGAAGGAGAAAUAUCAGUCCCUUACUUAACCUCUGUAACAGCUCUUAUCGUAUGGAUCCCUCAUAGUCCAACAGAGAAGAUAGUCAGGGUGUUAUUCCCUGGAAAUGCCCCCCAGAACAAAAUAUUUGAAGGUCUUGAAAAGCUAAAGCAUCUGGACUUCCUUCGCUACCCAGUGGCAACCCAGAAAGAUAUAUCCUCUGGGUCCCAGCCUCCAAUUAUAAAACAAACAAAGAUGAGAUCUAGAACAGAGAGUAAAGAGAGCCUGAAAUCAUCAGCCAAAACACAGGUAUCCUCGAAAGCCAGCAAGAAAGAGACCAAAGGACAAGAAGAUGAGUCCAAGAGCAACUCUGCUAAAGAUAACAAAAUUGAAAGAAAAGAGGAAAAGAAGUUGAAAAGUGAAAGCAAAAAAGCUACCAAAGCCACCAAACAACAACAAAACAGUGAAGCAGCACCCGAAGCAGCUAAACUGAAGAAAAAUAAGCUUUCUAAGGAGAAAAUGGUGAGGAAACACUCCAAGGAAAGAACACCCAAGAUGGAGGAGAAAAAGGAUAAAGAAAAAAAGGAGAUAAAAAAAGAAAAGCUGGAAGUAAAGAAAGACGACAACAGGCGUGAUGUUAAGAAAGAUGACAAUGCUAAAAAAGAGGAAAAAAAAGAAAUGAAAACAGUGGAGGACAAAAAGAAGGAUCUUAGUAAGCCAGAGCUGAGGAAGAUCACCAAACCAGAUCUGAAACCCUUUACCCCAGAAGUCAGGAAAACACUCCAUAAGGCCAAUAAGACACAGGCCAAACCCAAGUCAGACAAGACAGACAAGAACAUAACAGUAAGACCGGUCAAAGAGAAAACCAUUGAGAAAAAGUUGGUUACAAAGAAAGCCCCUGCAAAAGCUGCUGCUUCUUUGCCUACCAGGUCUGUAGUAUCCUCACCAGAAGAUCUCACUAAGGACUUUGAAGCUCUAAAACAAGAAGAAAUAUCCAUACUAGGGAGUGAACCAAUUCAGAAUGAUGUCAUUUCUGGACAUCUACCUUUACCAGACUCCACAAUCUAUGAUGAGGGAAUAACAACCAAACCCCAAGCCAGACUUAAAAAGAAUAUUGAGGAUGAAGGUGCUGACAAAGGUGAUGAUGACAAUGAAGAAGAGUACAACAAAGAAAGGGAUGAACUAAAGGAAAGUGAAGAUGUUGAGAAGUGGCUGGACAUAAAAAGCAGCACUGCUGUGAAUGGGGAAGAUGAGGAUAAAAUUGAAAAGUUUAACAACUACUCUACUAAGGGAGACAUGAAGUCAAAGAAAAGCAUCAGUUCAGAAGAGGAGGAUGAUGUUAUUGAAAAAGCUGAUCUUGAGGGUAUUGAGGACGAUGAGGAUAAAUACAAAACAGAAGAGGCCAAAACAGAGAAAAAAGAGUGGGAUACCAAGUCAACUGACUUUAAAUCAUUUUCAACUGCAGUUGCCUCAGGAGAAUCCAUAACUGUUGCCUCUGAGCAAGUCUCCUUCAUCCAAGAUGAGACUAUUCCAGGUUAUUCUGAAACAGAGCAGACAAUCUCUGAUGAGGAAAUCCAUGAAGAACCUGAGGACAGGAUCCCUCACCUCCACUAUGAUGUUACAUCCUAUGACAUUUCUGUUCCUGAUGUUCCAGGAUCUUUUGACUCAGUGCAUGGUUUUAAAGAGAUGAGAGCCUCAGCCAUAUCUGACACCUCGGACUUUAAAGGCAAAGGCUUCAUGGGAAGACAUGACCCAAUGUUGGCAGCCUACCCAAACAUCACUGCCGCUCCGCUUGCAGAGGAAGAGCACAUCUCCUCUGCGACAUCAGUCACAGAGUAUGACAAGCUUUCCUCAUUUGCCACCUCCAUGGCAGAUGACCAGUCCAUUGCAUCGGUGACUGCCCCUCAAACAGAGACAGAGACAGGGAGGAGUUCCCUUCUUUUAGACACAGUCAAUAGCAUCCCUUCCCGCACCGAAGCCACCCAUGGGAAGGACUACCUCUACUCGGCUGGGACCAUCUCCCCCACCUCCUCUCUAGAGGAGGACAAGAACUUUAAUUCCCCUCCGUCAAAGGAGUACCAGCCCUUUGUUCCAGAGACAGAGGCUGAUAGGACCAAACCCAUUCAGGAGGAGUAUGAUGAAGAGGAUGACGAAGAUGAAGACCAGACCCCCAAUGUUGACAUACCUAUGGGGAAACUCCAAGAGGGCUACGAGCAAGCGGCAGCUAUGUUACUACAAGAUAAAGAUGGAUCCUACGCCACCGACUUUGAGCCUCCUCCUGCCUCUUUCUCCAGUGGGUUGAAGCCUAGCUCAAUGUUUGAAGGUGAUGAAAGAUGUCUUAAUUCACAGGAUGCAUUGAAGCUGGCCUCACUCUCCCAUUCGGUCCCUUUCUGUAGUGACUAUUCUUCCACAAAAGAGAAGAAUGAUGAUACCAUGGAAAAAAAUAAGAUCCAGAGAAUUGGUCUCUCUGGUAACAAGACCAGCUUUGAAGAAUCAGAGAAGGAGGAUGAGGAUGCAGCCACGUUGCUCCAGAACAAAGAUAGUUCCCACUCCACCACAUCUGAGCCUACUGCUCAACUCGACUCUUUUUCCAGUAGGUUGAAACCUAGCUCCAUGUUUGAAGUUGAGGAUAGAUGUCUAAGUCCAGAGGAUAACACUGCCAAGCUUGCCCCAGUCUCUCAUUCUGACCCUGCCUGGAGUGGCUACUCUCUCACAGAGGAACAGAAAGAUGACAAAAAAGAAAAAACUAAGAUUGAGCUCCAGAAAGUGGGUUUAUCUGGUGACAGGACCACCUUAGAAGAAUCAGAUGAGGAGGAUGAAGAUGGGGCCAUGUUGCUCCAGGACAAAGAUAGAUCCUACACCACCUUUGAGACUCCCCCUCCUUCCUCUCUCUCCAGUGGGUUGAAGCCUUCCUCCAUGUUUGAAGGUGAAGAUAGAUGUCUGAGCCCAGAGGACAAAACUGUGAAGCUGGCCUCAUUGUCUCACUUGGUCCCUGACAGCAGUGACAACGCUGAAAAAACUGAGCUCCAGAAAAUGGGGCUGUCUGAUGACAGAAUCACCUUUGAAGAAUCCGAUGAGGAGGAGGAUGAAGAUGAAGAAUACUAUGACAAAAGGGAUCUGAAACCCUGUGUUAAAGCAAAGUACUUGGAACAGAAGGAAGGCAGGUUUUUAGAUGAUGAAUCUCCUCAGGAAGAAAAGCUGCCUGAUAAGGAAAAAGGACUUUUAGAGGAUGACUUAAAUGCCAAGUGUCUCCAGAAUGAACCUGCAUUAACAGAUAAUACACAAUUCUCUGGUUACACCCAGCAAAAAAACAAAUCCCAGGUAAUGCACUCAGAUGAAGAAGAUGAUGAUGAGGAGGAAGAUAAUGUUCUUUGCAUAGGUGGAACAGGAUCAAUACCGUUGUCAGAACAGCAAAAUAAGUUUUACCCAAAAGAAGACAACAGGGAUUCAGCAUUAUUCAGUAAAAAGGACCAUGUAACAUUAAAAGAGCCAGAGAAAAGUGUCCAAUUCAGUCUUUCGGAUUUCCCAGAGCGGGAGAGUAAAGAAAAACGCUCAGAGGAAGCAAUAAGACAGGACACACCAUAUGUACAUGGCAAGACUUUCUCUUAUAGUGAUAUAUAUGACAACAAAACAUGUUCAGCUGAGUCAUAUUCAUAUGGACCGAGUUACCAGGAAGACCAAUCAGAAAAGAUUGGGAAAGACAGUAUGAAGGAGAUAGAGAAAAAGGACUUGGGUUUCCGUUCAGACAAGGAGGGCUUCACAAGUUCAAAUGGUAAAGAUUCAUCUUCCUCUUCUUCCCCCUUUCCAUGGCUUCAUGGCUCUGAAUCCACAAUGAAAAGUGAGCCAUAUGUAUUCAGCAGAGAAAGCCGAUUCCCUUCCAUGGCUGAUAGACCAGAGGCAUCAACUACAUCCUUAUCUUCAGAGGGAGACUCGUUCUCUUCUAAAGGUAUUGGUGAUUACUCAUCGGGAACAAGUAGUGGAGCAGCCAAACCUUCAAAGAUCUACUAUGACAAAGAGGAGGAACUGGAGAUAGACAUGAGGAAGCUAACAGCUAGGGAUGAGGAAGACUAUGAUGAUUAUGAUGAUGAAGAGGAGGACGAGGAUGAGGAAGAUGAGGAGGAGGAUGCAAUUGACUCAGAUGUAGAGAAAGGCGCAAAAGAGAAAUCUGAAAAGGAAAUAAAAAGCCCUUUUAUGGACGGUGUAUGCUCCAAACAGCCCCAAUUUAUGGUUUCCAUGGCCGGCUAUGGUUACAACAGUCAGGCAAAGCCACCUACAUCCCAAGGUUUGAGUUUUAAAGAGCAAGUGUGUAUGGAUUCAAUGACCGGCUAUGACUAUAAUAGCCAGAUGAAGCCACCUAUACCAGAUAAUGUGAGCUUGAAACAGUCCAAGUUUAAUGAUUGUGUGGAAGGCUAUGUUUCUAACAGCUCUGAAAAGACAACUUUGCCAGAUGGUGUGAGCUCCAACCAACCAGAGUUUAUGGUUUCCAUGGCAGGCUACGGUUACAACAGCCAGGCAAAGCCUACUAUGCCAGGAUCCUUUGCUUCUUCUACAACCAGCAAAGGUGACAUGACAACCACAGGGCUCUCUGAGUACUCUGGGUUAGAUUUUAGUUUGGCUGGCGAAAAAGAUUUGUUCCAAUCCAGUGAGAUGAAGGACAAAGAGGGAAAAGAUGACUAUUUUCACAGCGAGAUAUCUGACGCUGCUAGGAAAGCAGGAGACACGGUAGGUGUCUCAUCAGGUUUCCACUACGCUACUACAUCCGCCACAGCUUACUCCUCUUCGUCGUCUUACAGCUACUCCUCCUCUGCGUCUGGUCCAUCACACUCCACCAGCCGACAAUUUGGUGAGGAGCUGGAGACACCAGCCACUGCCUCGGACCCCAUCUUCAAACACGACGCAGACAGCACUGGCUUUGAGUACUCCUCUUUCAAAGAUGAACACUCCCUGGCCAUGGACUCCUCCCCUGUCUCCAGCAUCGGUGGGAUGGUGAAAGAUGAGUACCUGGAGGUUUCAGAGAAGCAAGUUACGAUGGCCACAACCACCACUGCUGAAUCCACUUCCAGUCUGGCCCGCUUUUCUCCUCUUAGCCCAUUUGAGGAGAUCAAACCUUUCCACUCACAUUCUUCCGCUUCUUCCUCAGAAGACAAAAAGGAGCAUGUGACCUUGAUGGGAGGAACCAUUUUGGACAAAGGCCACCAGUCAGACUGCUUCUAUAAGCCGAACUGUUCAGAGGCCAAGUUGCAGGCAGCAGAGAGUAAUGAGCCUUUCUCCCAGCCACCAAAAGAAAAGGAUGCAAUUGCCACAGGUGUGUUGUAUCCACACCCUGACACAACCACCAAGCAUUACUUUGAAAACUCUGACAGUAGUGAAGGUGAUGAUGACGAAGGCAAGAUGCAUGAGUUUGGCAAGACCUCACUAACUGACCUGUACUUCUCAGAGAAACUUGGCAGCAGCACUACCACCUCCAGUAAAACAGAGGGCACUGGUCUCCCUGAUAUGCUAGCCUCAUACAUGCCCUCCUCUCUGCUGCCCACAACCAAUGGCCCUACAGAGGUCAGCAGCAUGAGCUCCCCCAUCACUGCAGGGGCAACAAUCGGUCUAGGUCUAGGUACAGCUGAGACCAGAAAGGUGAGAAGCUCCUUCGAAUGGGAGAUGCAGAAGUCCCAGAUGGGCAUGGUUCCUGGCGACUCCCCGCCUCACUACCGCCAUGAGGAUGAGUUUGAGGAGGAGUGUGAAAGCGAACCAGAGCGCCCCACUCGUCCACUCUCCCUCUCCUCAACUGAUCAUUCAUUCCACUCACCGUUCUACACGGAGGCAUUGAGCAAGGAAGGAGCAGGAGGAAGUGAUGAUGAAGAAGAGAGUGACCAAGACCUCCCUCCUGAUGUGUGCAUGGGUGCCGCUUCCUCCUACACCUCAUCGAAACCCUCUCCCGGCUACUCCUCCUCUGAGCACAGGCAGCGUGAAGGAGACCUCUCGCCUUCCUUCAUCAAUCCCAGCAUGCAACAGCAUUCCAGCGAUGAAGAAGACGACGAACAGGGAUGCAGGAGCGACCAAUCACAGGAAAUAGACGAGCACAUAAUGUCUGCCAAGAGAAGGGCCAACAGACAGCCCCACCAUUCCCUGGGUGACUUGAUCCCUCACCCUGGAUCAACUGGGAUAGCAUUGGCCGCAGAAGACACGCCUCCAACGUCCGUCAGUGAUUCUAUACCGUCCCAGUCAGAUUCUGAUGUGCCCCCUGGGACUGAGGAGUGCCCCUCCAUCACGGGAGAUGGCAACAUGGACUCGGACUCGGACACAGAAUACCUGCCUGUGGAUAAGUCCUCCACCGUGGGAGGAGGCAACCAUCACUCUUCCUCCAAGAGAAGCCCCCAUGACCCCCUUCCCACUCCCCGAAUGGACCCAUCCCCCCACCCCCCUCAUCCUGAUGUCUGCAUGGUGGACCCUGAUGCUCUGGCAAAUGAGCAGAACAGGGGUGCCCCCGAGUUGCCCCUGAAGAAGGACCCAAAGACAAAAGGUGUGCGGAAGACAGGAAAACCCAAAUCAGCAUCUCCAGCUCGCCGAAAGCGGUCCCCCAUGCCAAUGAAGCAGUCACCAUCCCCUCGCAGUGCCUCACUGAAAAAAAAGGAGGCAGAGAACAGCUUCAGGAUGUCCCAUCUGCCGGACGGACAGGGUUCCAGAGAUGAUGACCUCUCCAGGUCCAGCUACAACACCAGCAAGAUGACCAAUGGAGUGAAGAGCAGCUCAGGAUCUCAGAGGUCCAGUUCCUCGGUUCCCCAAGGUCCUCCUAUCUACGUAGACUUGGCUUACAUCCCCAACCACUGCAGUGCAAAGAAUGUGGACCAGGAGUUCUUCAAGCGUGUUCGCUCGGCAUACUACGUGGUGAGUGGGAACGACGCCGCCAACGAGGAGCCCAGCCGAGGUGUCCUGGACGCCCUGCUGGAGGGCAAGGCACAGUGGGGUUCCAACCUACAGGUGACUUUAAUUCCAACCCAUGACACAGAAGUGACUCGGGAGUGGUACCAGCAGACCCAUGAGAGGCAGCAGGAGCUGAACAUUAUGGUUCUGGCCUCCAGCAGCACUGUGGUCAUGCAGGAUGAGUCCUUCCCUGCCUGCAAGAUAGAGUUUUAAGCCCCAUCCCCGUCUCUUCCCUCCUGUACUGGGACAACCCACAGCUCUCCUGGCUUAGUGUCUGUGUUUAAAUAUUUCUAGCCUUUCCCAGGGAUUUAUUGCAUAUGGUAAAUCAUAACAGAACUCAAAUGACACCCUAUUGGUCUUAAAGGGAACAUAGGGCUCUGGUUUAAAGUACUGCGUUGGACUGUAUGGUGUCAUUUUAGACGCAGGAUAUUCAACGGCCACGUUUGAUUAUGGGUAUUAUAUCACUGUUAGUUUUAUACAGGUGCUCUUCAGGCCACAAUGCCCCGCUACUCUGUGAGGUUUAAAAAAGGGAAGAAAUACACACAUUCUGACAGUAGAAAGCCAAGCCAAAUGUGCAGGCACUGGUUAUUGUCUAUUCAUAUUACCUAAUUAGAUAAAUAUAAAGCACAAGUAGGCCCCACUCUAAUGUUACAGAUGACAACAGCAAGAACAGACUAAAUAUUUGUUUAAAGAAGUUAUAACACAAAGCAAAUUUUGUACUGACGAUCCUUACAUACAUGGUUCAUGUUCCCAUCCAUUAGUCAUCUAUGGAACAGAUUUCCAUCUUCUCGCUGAACUUUGUGCCUGAUAUUGAAACAGUGGCAUAGGUGAUGUUAGCAGAUUGUCUCUAAGGGUGUUUUAAAUGUCGAACAGUUUAUUAGAUUAGAGGCAGUAGAUUAGAGUAGAACUAAGAAAUUGAGUUGUUAUCGUUGGUUUCAUGUCAUGCAAUUUCCAAGGUAAAUAAGUAUUGUUUGGUUGUGAAUUUUUUUUGAGAGCAGCCCCAUCCAGAUCACAUGAAGAUCUGUCAAACAGAGUUGUAGUGCUGUAUUUAUCGCCGAAGCUUGAAUCCACAAAAAUAAUUGGGACCAGGCUUAUGUAUGACAUUUUGUGAAAAAACUGAAUACUUAGGUUACAGCAUUUUCAUUACUGUUUUUCAAGUUGGAGUGUUGCUACACUGAAAUGGUGAAAACCUCCUUUGGAAAUGUCUGGCUAAGCUGAACACAGUGUAGACUAGUAGGCUGUACUCCAGUUAUGACCAGGGAGAUCAUAGCAUCCUAUUCCCUAUGUAGUACACUAUGUAGUACACUACCUUUAACGGUUCUGUUCAAAAGUAGUGCACUAUAGGUCAUAGGGUUUUAGGCACACACUCAUUAUAUACCCCAGAUAUGAAUACAGCAAUAGGAGCUCAUGGCCCAUCACCUUUUUAUGAUAAUAGGUGAUUAGGUGUUUGAAGACUUGAGGUGUGUCUGUGAGGUGUGUGUGCCAUGCAUAGGACUACGCUAAUGAAGCAUUGUGGGACGGUUUCGAAAGUGAAUAGAGGUUUGACUGUCACCCACUUGUGCCUUUCUGCACUGCCGUGUGUUCAAAAUGUUUCUUGUGUGGCAGAGCCAUAGCUAUUCUUUGUUUGGCCAACUUCGUUUGAGUUUUAAAAUCUGAAUGAUCAUCGAAUUGGCACUGAAAUCCCCAAGACAGUUACGUUUCUGGUUGGAAUGCAGAUUUAAAUGUCCUCGUCGUGGCAUAUUUUUGUUAAAGCGGAAGGUAGUUUUCCGUGGUAAAGUAGUGGCUAGAUGGACAGGUCUCCACUGUUGUUGUGGCUGUUGUAAUAGGAUCGCUAAACUAAAAGCAAAAGUCCAAAAUGAUGAUUUGCAGAGACUACUAAGCAAACUAACAUGAGACUUUUACCAAUCUUUGUAUCAUAUGGUCUGAUAAUCCACCAACAUAUGUUUGUGAUAAUGUUGACAAGCACAAAUAAACAACUUAAUAAGAACCAAGAACCUCUAAAAUCUUAAAGCUGGUAUGAAAAAAGUCUUAUUACUACCAAUUGCUUGUCUCUCUUUAAAUCAUAAAAUUUGUGAUUGGAAAAAGAAAGAGGACUGAGUUGGAAGCAUGAACAUCUACGUUGAAAAUAGAGAUUAUGUACAAUAUUGUUUCCAGAUGAGUUAUAUAAUUUGUAUUACUCUGAUUAUGUCUUAGAAAAGGUAAAGAUGGGUUUUGGAAACUUAACUUGGGACCAGUUGCUAAUAGGUACUACAAACACCUUGAUUCAAUGCCUUUAAAGUUUAUUUUUCAAACUAAAGCUAUAAUUGUGUAAUCAAUGUUGGAAUGUCAUUUACAGUAUUAUUUAAGAUGGGUUUUUAUUAGAGUGCACAGUAUGCAACAUAUGCUUUAAUGUUACUGUAAAUUAGGAAUAACAUUAUUAGAAAAAGAGGAAGUUCAAUUAGAAACGUUUGAAUUCAAUGUUUAAUUCAUUUAUUUUUACAUAAUAAUAUCUAGGUUUUUGAGGCUUGCAGCUAAUUAUAAAGACAUAACAUGCCUUGUUUGGGGGAUUAUAGACAAAGUGUAAAAUUGCUGAUUGCACAAUAUUUCAGGCAAAUGUGAAGAUAUUUAGCUAUGUAUAUCAGUCUUUCUGGAACACAUAUGGCACGCUCUCACACACACACACCCACACACACACCCACACACACCCACACACACACACACCCACACACACCCACAC